CGGAAGCGGCGCGGGGCCGGCGGCUGCAGCGCGGUGCGGCGGAGCGGCUCCGGAGCCACUCCGGCUCGACUCCGGCUCCUUCCCUCUUCCCUCGCCGCGGCCGGCCGUCCCGAUGAGCGGGCUCCGAGCGCUGCGCGGCGCGGCGGGGACGCCGCCGCCGACCUGCCUGCUCUUGCUGGGGCUGCUCCUGCCGGGGCUGCUCCUGGCCGCUGCGGGCGGCGAGCAGGAGGCGGCGGCGGGCGGGCGGCGGGGGUCGCGGGCGGGCGGCCCCCCUGCCUCCUCCUCCUCCUCCUCCGCGGCGGACACCGCGGCCGUUGUGGCAGAUCCCUGCAGUUCUCUCAGCCCACCGUGCUUUACUGAGGAGGACCGAUUCAGCCUAGAAGCUCUCCGCAUGAUACAUAAGCAAAUGGAUGACGACAAAGAUGGUGGUAUUGAAGUAGAUGAAAGCGAUGAGUUUUUAAGGGAAGAUAUGCAGUAUAAGGAUGCCUCUAAUAAACAUAGCCACCUACACAGAGAAGACAAGCAUAUUACCAUUGAGGACCUAUGGAGACGCUGGAAAACAUCUGAAGUUCAUAACUGGACCCAAGAGGACACCCUUCAGUGGCUGUCAGAAUUUGUUGAACUGCCCCAAUACGAAAAGAAUUUUAGAGACAGCAAUGUCAAUGGAACAACACUUCCCAGGAUAGCAGUAAAUGAACAUGCUUUCAUGAUCUCUCACCUCAAAAUAAUUGACCGGAGUCAUAGACAGAAACUUCAGCUUAAAGCCUUGGAUGUUGUUUUAUUUGGACCUCUCACACGUCCCCCUCACAACUGGAUGAAAGAUUUUGUAUUAACAGUUUCUAUAGUUAUUGGUUUUGGAGGCUGCUGGUUUGCAUAUACCCAGAACAGAACCUCCAAAGAACACAUCACAAAAAUGAUGAAGGACUUGGAAAGUCUCCAAACAGCAGAACAAAGCCUUCUUGACUUGCAGGAAAGGCUUGAGAAGGCACAGGAGGAGAAUAGAAAUGUAGCUGUGGAAAAGCAAAAUCUGGAGCGCAAAAUGAUGGAUGAGAUCAAUGAUGCAAAACGAGAAGCUCAUCGCCUGAGGGAGUUGAGGGAGGGAGCUGAAUGUGAGCUCAGCAGACUCAAAUAUGCAGAGGAAGAGCUAGUACAGGUUCGCAUGGCUCUAAAAAAGGCUGAGAAGGAAUUUGAGCUGAGAAGUAACUGGUCUGUUCCUGAAGCUUUACAGAAGUGGCUUCAGUUAACCCAUGAAGUUGAAGUACAAUAUUACAAUAUCAAAAGACAGCACGCAGAAAUGCAAUUAGCAAUCGCCAAAGACGAGGCAGAAAAGAUAAAAAAGAAGAGAAGCACUGUAUUUGGAACAUUACAUGUUGCACACAGCUCCUCACUGGAUGAAGUGGACCAUAAAAUCCUUGAAGCAAAGAAGGCGCUCUCUGAGUUGACAACCUGUUUACGAGAGCGUCUUUAUCGAUGGCAACAGAUUGAGAAGAUUUGUGGUUUUCAAAUUGCACACAACUCUGGGCUACCGAGCUUGACCUCCUCUCUGUACUCUGAUCACAGCUGGGUAGUUAUGCCUCGAGUUUCCAUUCCUCCUUAUCCAAUUGCAGGGGGAGUUGAUGACUUAGAUGAAGAUACUCCUCCAAUAGUUUCACAGUUUCAUGGGUCCAUUGUAAAACCUCCCAGCACACUGGCAAGAAGCAGUAGCUUGUGUCGAUCAAGACGCAAUGUUGUGCCAUCAUCUCCACAGUCUCAGCAUGCUUUGCACUCCCCUGACCCUGACAUCCUUUCUGUGUCGAGCUGCCCAGCUCUUUAUCGAACUGAAGAGGAGGAGGAAGCCAUUUACUUCUCUGCUGAUAAACAAUGGAUCAAAAGCAAUGUCAGCUACUGGGCGAAGAGAAGAUGGAUGGUAACACAAUUCUUACAGCAUGUUGAGCGUGUACCUACUCUUGUUACAUGGCCUCAUAGGAAAAGGUUAAAUUCCUUUUGGAAGGAGCAAAUGAGCUUGUUGAAAGGGAAGUACAGGAAGCAGGUUCAGAAUGUGACUCCUUAAAUUCAUCCGUUGGAAGGAAGCAGUCUCCUCCAUCUAGUCUUGAGAUGUACCAGACGCUUUCUCCUCAGAAAGUAUCCCGGGAAGAACUCUCACUGGAGGAAUCAUCUACAGGAGACUCCUCUUCUCUAACUGCAGAUAUAUCUAGGGGUUCUCCUGACUGCGUAGGCAUGGCAGAAACUAAGAGCAUGAUUUUUAGUCCUGCAAGCAAAGUUUAUAAUGGAAUCCUGGAGAAGUCCUGCAGCAUGAACCAGCUUUCAAGUGGGAUCCCAGUCGUAAAGCCUCGGCACACCUCGUGUUCUUCAGCCAGUAGUGACAGUAAACCCAGCCACGAAGCUUCUUCUGUCCCUAGGAUAAGUAGCAUCCCGCAGGACCUGUACCAAAAUGGUGAAAAAAACAAAAAGCCAUCAAAAAUAAAAAGCCUCUUUAAGAAGAAGUGUAAGUGAGGUGGGCAGAAGAAGCCUUGUAGUAAUGUUAUAAGUACUGUUUUUUAAAUCUUUAGGAAUGUAAUUCCAUUUGAGCAUUCCAGACUGGAUGCGCUAAUGGAAUACUCUGUAGGUGGAUUCUAUUUAACUGACUCUGCUGUCAAAGUUUGUGCCAGCUGUCAAUGAGAAAUCAUUAAAAAUUUCAGACAGUUUACAUUCA